AUGGGAGCUAAAUCGUGUAAACUUAAUUGUUUUGCUCAUGCAAAAAAAAAGAAUGCCAAAAUAAUUAAACAAACAGAAGAAAUAAAACGUGACAGUCACCCUACUUCAGAGAACUCCAACACAGGGAACAUCGAAAGUGCAACAGGUUUUAACCACAAUCCCCCUACUACAUCUCCAAGAACCAUCACCACAUCUCCAAGAACCACCACUACAUCUCCAAGAACAACCACCACAUCUUCGAGAACCACCGCCACAUCUUCGAGAACAACCACCACAUCUCCAAGAACAACAACAUUAACACAAAUCGGAGAUGAAACCUAUAUUUCUAGAACUGGAAACUUUGCAACUUUUUCUGAUGGAGGAGCUUCAAGUCAUUAUGCUGGUAGUGGUGGGUUUGAUCGUGGUGGGCAACGCGCACAUUACAAAUAUUUUGCCAAAUCAAAUCCACAUCAAGUCACGUAA